CGACUGAUUGGUGUGAGAGAAACAGAAGAAGUGCCUCCUCAAAACCCUAACUCGUCAAACCUUCUUCCUCUCGCCGCUGCCACUACUACUACUUGGACCUUCAAGCGUUUCCAAAUCUUCUCGAGAGACCAAAUCUCCACCGCAACUAUGGCCACUUCCGCCGCUGCGCCGCGCCAGCUCUCUCAGAAGGAGCAAGACAUCCAGAUGAUGCUUGCGGCUGAGGUGCAUUUGGGAACCAAAAACUGCGACUUCCAGAUGGAACGCUAUGUCUUCAAACGCCGCAAUGAUGGUAUUUACAUAAUUAACCUUGGCAAGACAUGGGAGAAGCUCCAACUUGCUGCUAGGAUUAUUGUCGCCAUCGAGAAUCCGCAGGACAUCAUUGUUCAGUCUGCUAGGCCAUAUGGUCAGAGGGCAGUCUUGAAAUUUGCCCAAUACACCGGUGCAAAUGCAAUUGCUGGAAGGCACACUCCUGGAACAUUCACUAAUCAGAUGCAGACAUCCUAUAACGAGCCUCGCCUUCUUAUUCUGACUGAUCCAAGGACUGAUCAUCAGCCCAUUAAGGAAGGUGCUCUUGGAAAUAUUCCAACAAUUGCCUUUUGCGAUACUGAUUCUCCAAUGCGGUAUGUUGAUGUUGGCAUUCCUGCCAAUAAUAAGGGGAAGCACAGUAUUGGUUGUCUUUUUUGGCUAUUAGCAAGGAUGGUUUUGCAGAUGAGGGGUAUUAUUCGUCCAGGGCUUAAAUGGGAUGUGAUGGUGGAUCUAUUCUUCUAUAGAGAACCUGAAGAGGCCAAGCAACAAGAGGAGGAGGAAGCACCAGCUGCCCCAGAAUAUGCCAUUCAAGACUUCGGUGCUGCUGGCAUUGCCGGUUUCCCCACAGCUGAUGGUGAAUGGGCGGCUGUCACAGAACAACCCUGGCCGGAGGCAGUUCCACAACAACCUAUUGCAGCUGCGCCUGCUGAUUGGGCCCCAGAUACUUCUGCAGCUGCAGGUGAUUGGGAACCGGUUCCAGCUCCUCAGCCUUCCGUUCCGGCACCCGGAGCUGUUGCUCCCACUGGUUGGGAAUAGGAUGAGUAUGGGAUUUUCUUUUGUUUAGGAUAGAUGCAUCAUUACCUGUAGGUUUGAAAUUUGAAGUUGUAAAAUUUUGAUUUAGCAUACUGAUACUUGGUUUGUUUCAACAAUUUAAUUGUUCCGUUGCGAACGCUAAUGGUACUGAAGUUUGCUGAGACAAAAGAAUAUGUCGGGAUAACCUUACAAGACCACAUUUUGCAUAUUGACCUAUUAUCUCAAUUUUUCGGAUGCCCCAUCUUUAAUUGAAAUUCAAACUUACUAUGUAAGAAUCAAA